AUGUCUCAUCUUCCAGAACAGCAAUUCACCAUGACUGGAAGUUAUCGAUUUACAGAAAACCAACACGACCCAUUCCAGCACCAACAGCAUAUCAGCCAGUCGAAUGGUUUAUCAGAUGUAAAGAUGGAGACCGACAACAACUUUUCUGAUAUCGCUGGACAAUGGUUUCAGCACGAGCAACACAGUAUAAAAACAGAAAUAGAUAUCGUGGAUGGCUCUUCAACUAGAGAUGUGCAGGCACUCUCGUCUGGAUCGUCCUCGUCGUCGUCUGUAGCAUCAAGCUCGUCGCCAACACCUUCACACAGCCCGCCGCAGCUUCAACAACAUCCAAAAAUUCAGCCAAUGUAUAAUAGUCAACAGCAACAGCACAUGUAUCCACAACAGCAAAUGUAUCAAGGUGGCGGAAUACCUCCAUUAUCAGCAGAAGAUGCUGCUCAACUAGCUGAAAUCCAAUUCGGCAAUGGUCACACACGACGCUGGACGUAUUCCGGUGAUGAAUCUAUCGCUAAUAUACAGAGAUGGAAUAUGGCUGCUGCUAUGAUGCCAGGUUACCAUGAAUUUCCCAAUAAUAUGAUGGCUGGUAUGCAGCAAUCUCCGAUAUGGGCUCAUCACCAAGUAUAUGAUCAAGCAGCUACCUAUAUUGCCAUGUCUAGGCGCGACAUUGUUUCAGGACAACAAUCACAGCAACCAAUGUUUAUGCCGGCUUACUAUCAUCCUGGUAUGGUCGGUCCGAUAUUGCCUCGACCGACUAGUCAUAGUGGUACCAGUGCAAUUGCCGGAUCUGCUGCUAUUGGAAAUGGACGAGCAAAGCCUCCACCACUCAACAUGAAUCUGGUACGAAGUCAGGAGAUACCUGUUACUCAUACCAUGCACUCCUCAUUAUCUGCUUCAGCAAUCUCAUCACCUGUAUUUAUGCAUCACCACCCACAUCACAUGCAACAACAGCAAAACAUCCAUCACGGACACCACCACCAAAGGUCCUUAACAGCACCUCCAUUACCCUUCAUAUCGCCCUUCCGAGCAUAUAUCGAUCCAGGUGUAUUGUCAGGCACUCCAACAUCAGCAGUUCCAACUCCGAAUGUGUUGACCACAUCAUCGGUCUUGGCUCCCUCACCAAUGGCUGCCAUGUCAGCACUACCAAACAACACAACCAACCCAACCAUGAAGCGAAAGGGCAGUAAUGGUAGCAACGCUUCAAUCAAGGAAGAGAAGGAGGAUGUAGUUAUGCGACGAGGUGCAUUAUCAGAUUCUGAAGACGAAGCAGACGAUGAUGAAUCUGAUAUGGCUCAUGCUGGCGCUGAAGAAGUCGAGGAGGGCAUACGUGAAGAUGGAGAGGACGAUGGUAGUGAUUAUGAAGAUCAUGAUGACGAUGACGACGAUUUGUAUGAACGUAGACAGAACUCUAGCCAGCGUCGCCGUACCAGUCAAACCCAAAACCAACCUGUAGUGGCAACAUCGUCGUCCGGUAGACCUAUACGACGACCUCAUCCAGACGGUUUAGGUAUAUCAUCAUCGGAAUCUGAAGACUAUGCAUCAACACACCCGAUACAACUACCCGGUGAAGGUCUCUUUGCCAAUCUAGAAGACGAUAACGUAGAUGCCCCAACUGCAGUAACUCAUCCAUUCAAAUGCCACUGUGGUAAACUCUUUCAAAAAUUAUGUGGUUUGAAAUCACACGAAAAGCAACACUUGAAGAAUAAUAAUAGUACUGGUGGUGCUACUGCUGGUGGUAGUCGAGCUGGAACCACAAUCCGUAAAUUUGGUAAAAAAGUAUCUAAAGCUGGUACAGCACAAAGAGCAUCAGAUGAUAAUGGUGGUGCUCUACCUAUUGAUAAUGGUGAAAAGAUCCAUACUUGCGAAGUGUGCACAAAGGCCUUUUUGAGACGACAGGAAUUGAAACGACAUGCCAUUACACAUCGUGAAGACUUUAAAAAGUUCAGAUGUGUUAAUUGUGCACGAACGUUUACGAGAAGUGAUGCUCUGCAUCGACACGUCAAGAAUCGACGCUGUCGUUUUGAUCGAUAA